AAUUCAUUUAUGUCUGCUUGGAGAUUGAUGGAAAUCGUAUCUCAGGACAGGAGACAGUUUUAUACGCUUUACACAUCCAAUAUUGUUUAACAUCAAAUAUAGUCGAUUACACACAAGUCACGAUAACAGAAAUAGGAAAUAACGAGUAGAACGUGAAGGUAUCAGGAGUCAGGGGGGACAGGGUCCGGAGCAGAGUUCGCAUUAUUUUUUUUUAUACUUUUUGUGGACAUUCAUUUUGCGAUGGAUCCACAGCCUCCACCAAAACCAUGGGAAAGGCGGAUUCCAGGGGCAUUGAGUGCCCCUGUAAAUUACAGAUCUGCAAACUUUGGACCCAUUACAGGCCCCUCUACUCCUGCAGGUCCUCCUGUUCUUACCAGGAUGGUUCCCCCAGUGCCUCCUCGUCCCGUCCAGCAGGCCUACCGUCCAUCCUACAGCUCUUUCAGCUCCUCUUACAGCCCCUAUGGGAGCUCCAUGUAUGGCGGCUACAGCCCCUACAGCUAUGGUGGUGGCUACGGCUUGGGAGGGUACAGCCGCCUCUCCCACACAGAAGAGAUUGCCCCUAGCCGGUUUGUGCAACAGGCGGAGGAGAGCAGUCGUGGUGCUUUCCAGUCCAUCGAGAGCAUCGUCCAGGCUUUUGCCUCAGUCAGUAUGAUGCUGGAUGCCACCUUCUCAGCUGUGUAUAACAGUUUUCGUGCUGUGCUGGAUGUAGCCAACCACCUUACACGGCUGCGUUCGCACCUCACCAGAGUUUUGUCAGCCUUUGCUCUGGUGCGCACCCUGCGCUACCUCUACCGACGAUUACAGAGGCUGCUGGGGAGAAGGUCAGAUGCUGAGGUCGACGACUUGUGGGCAGACAGUGCGAGUGAUGCCCUGGCUACAAGUGCAUCUAGAGGGGAUGGCGUAGGGAUGGAGGGUCCAUCUGUGAAGUCCUGGCCAAUCUUUCUGUUUUUCGCUGUAGUGCUGGGGGGACCUUAUCUUAUCUGGAAACUGCUGAGCUCCAGCUCUGGCUCUGAAGAAAAUGCUACUAACUGGGCCAGCGGGGAGGAUGACCAUGUAGUGGCCAGAGCAGAGUAUGACUUUUCAGCUGCGUCUGAGGAGGAGAUUUCUAUGCGGGCUGGAGACAUGCUCAACCUUGCUCCUAAAGAGCAACAGCCCAGAGUGCGUGGCUGGCUGCUGGCCAGCUUGGAUGGUCAGACCACAGGACUUGUCCCAGCCAACUACGUCAAAGUCUUGGGCAAGAGGAGAGGCUUUAAGCACGCAGAGAUGGAGAGGCUCGCUCAGGUCCAGCAAGAGAACACACAGGCCUCCCAGACAGCCCUUGCUGCACACCCACAGACAAAUCCUGCCCAAGCCUUCACCCCAGGCGUUGUUUCCACCUCAGCUUCAUCAGAGGAGCUGUUAGAGUCAGUUUACAGCGAAACACCAGUUUCCUUCAGUCUGGGAACAUCCCACACCAGUAUGCCCUCCAGCACAGUGCUAAACAUCCCUGAGAAGACUGACCUGUGAUGUUUGUGCAUGUAUGCAUCUCUCUGUAUGCAAGUCUGUGUGUGUUCAUAACAUUGGUUGGUUCAGUCAGUACUUGAUUGCAGUGUUAAACGCUGAGACCUGACUAAUAAUCAGCUGACGGUAGAUGUUUGGGAAAGCACCAUAGACCUCUUAAGAAUUGCUCAAAGUAGUUCCUCGGCUCAUCUAUAAUGAUUCAGAUUGUCGGACAUAGUCUGGACCCUAUGAUAAGGUUAUCGGACAAAAAUGGUUUUCAUUCACAGGUUGUUCUGUUUAUUGUGUGUCAAAUUAGGAGGAUAUUUUGUAUUCUCUAAGUAUGGUACACAGCUGUUCUUAAUCAUGUCUGAUUUAAGAUGUAAUAUCUUGAGAUUAUUUACAGUUAGGUGUUGAAGUUGAUGAGGUUCACUGAUACAUCUGUAUACUGACAGUGUAAGGACAAAGCCAGUGGGUUUUGUUUAAUAACAUAAUGUCAUAUGUUUUUUGCCCUCAUUGUAGGCUGCUUGGUUCUCUGCUUUGUGUUCCUUGUGAAGCAAAUGUGAUGGGAUUCAUUCAGAAUGAGUAGGGGCCCAUUUUGCACAUCUUCAGCUGUUUGUUUGUCACAGAAAGGAAUUUUGUAAAUAUUUAAUAUAAUUAUUUUGAAAAUAAAUAUUUUUAAAAACCA